CAGCUAACUAGCUUUUAGCGGUUUACCCUCCAACGUCAUUGCCAAGUGGGCUUUUCACUAACGCAGUUCCGCAGUUCCGACUAUCAUAGGCGUAACGACGUUCCUAAGUUAUCUAUCUAAUCUUCAGUCACACAUUUUGGCCGAUUUACGGACGAUACGGGACGCGUCGUUCUUAACUUACCAUACACAUACAGCUGCUCUGUUCGGCCAUGACCUACCAAGGCGUUUGACGAGCGCAGGCUGCUUUGCGUCCUAUGGAUACACAUAGGUGUCGCGCAAAGUUCGCGCGGCUGUUGACGGGGGAUGCGGAAGGCGCGGAGCAGCUCGGCGCGCAGCUGGCGGGGGAGGCGGGAGAGCCGCCCAGGGACGGCAGCGAUGGCAGCGCGGAUCCGCUGCUGCUGGCCAUGCUGAUGUGGCACGAAGACAUCUCGUACGCGCUCUACUCGUACAUAUACGAGCUCUGUCAGCAGCAUGCCAUACGCGAGGGCCAUUUGGCGCUGACUCUUGACGGAGCAGCAGCAGAAGCAGGAGGAGGAGGAGAAGCAGCAGCCGAAGCAGCAGCAGGGGAGGCAGAUGGCGGAUCAGAAUCAAGGCAAGGCGAAGAGGGGGGCGGGGACGCAAGGGGGACGGAGGGAGACGGCGAGGAGGGGAACGCCCAUUCGACCCCCCCGGACGUCAGGGCAGCGGUGCUAGCUGAAAUCCGGGGCAGCGGGUUCCUCGGCGCGUUCCGCGCGCUGGUGUCUGAGGGGCGCGCGCUGGUGCAGCAGGCGCGGGAGAGCGCGGAGGAGGAGCGAGGGGAGGGCGGGGGGAGAAUGGGCGGCCGGCCGGAGCGGGCGCUCCCGCUGCUGGAUAUGUUUGGGACAGUGCACCGGCUGACAGAUAGAGUGGUGGAGUGGGUGGGGGGGUGCGAGAGAGUGGGUGAGAAUGGGGAGGCGAGUGAGGGGGUGGGGAAGGGGGAGCAGGAGGGGGAGGGGGAGCAGGGGGGCAAGGGGGAGCAGGAGGGGGGCGUGCAGGAGUGGGAGCAGUUGGAGGGGGAGGUGGCGGCGGCAGCGAUGGCAGCAAUGCAGGCCAGCAGGGAUGACAUCAUGGCGGAGCUCCGAGCCGUGGCGGCCCAGUGCACGCCGCUGCAGGGCGUGGCGGGCGGCUUCAAGCAGGCAGACAGCCUGCGUCGGCAGUAUAGCAUCAAGUCAGGCAGGACCCCUUUGAAGCUGCCAGGAGGGAAGGCAGGGAAAGCAGCGAGUGGGGGGUUGGGCGUGGGAGCCGACCCGCUGACUAUCUUUGUGGUGGACCGCAUUCGCCAGUACUGCUGCUGGGACACCAAGCACACGCUGCUAGGGGCGGCCAUCUCAUCCUCCUCCUCCCGGCGCCCCUCCCUCCGCCGCUUAACCAGCACCCCUGCCCUCAGCACAUGCCGCUCCCUCGUGCUCCCCGCCUCCUCGGUUUCUGCUGUUUACCCCUCCCCUUCCCCUGCUGCUACGGAGGGCGGGGGUGCCACCUACCCCUCUCCUGCCGCUGGUGCCAGUGCUGGCAAUGGUGAUGGUAGUGCUCCUGCCGAUGCCUCUUCUACGCCUUUGCCUAAUGCACCUUCACCAGCUAAGCCCUCACCACUACCACCUUUGUCCCCGAGGGGGGGAACAUCAACCUCCAAUGCAUUUGCACGAGGAGGGGGAGAAGGAGGAGGAGCGGGAAGGGGGGGGGAAGGAGGAGGAGGGGGAGGGGAAGGAGGAGCGGGAGGAGGGGAAGCAGCAGCAGCAGGAGCAGUGGACAGUGGCUGCGGCAGCAGCAGCAGCAGCGGCGGGGAUUUGUGGUCGUACGCCCAGCUCCUAGAUAUCAUCUUUGAACGUCAGCCAGACGAUUUCCCAGACUGGCAAGAUCUAGCCGUUGAAACGGUGGAGGGGCUCUGGAUGGCCAUUCAGGCAAAGGCUCCGCUGGUGGCUGCUGCAGUGGCGGAUUCGGGGGAUGGGGGCGAGGGCAGGAGGAAGAAGAAAGCGGCGGCCGAGGAGGAGAAGAAGCCGAGGAGGAAGGGUGGGUUCUUUGGUUUGGGGUUGAAGGAGGGGAAAGACAAGGGGGGUGCUGAGAAGGCUGGGGGGUCGAAGGCUGGUGGGGAAAGUGCUGGUGCUGAUGGUGGUGCUGGUGGUGGUGCUGGUGGUGGUGCGAAGGGAGACAAAGUGCCUGUGCAGGAGAUUCUGAGGGGGCUUUACCUCUUCAACAAUGCGGCGCACAUCCAACAGCUGGUUUCACACCUGCGUCUCUCCAAGGAAUUCCGAGAGCUCUCAGACACUACGAUGCACCGGUUUCUGGACGUGCUGCUCCAAGACAUGAUGGCGCAAAUAGGCGCACCCACCACCGGCAUAUCGCCUGAGGAGUUCAGGAAAAGGAUAGACGCCUUCAACGUGGCGUUUGAGGAGCUCUGUUUCAACAUGCGCCGCUUCCACGUGCAGGACUCGGUGGCUCGCACGCAGAUCAGGGGCGUGUGCCACGAGCGCAUCCUCUCUGCCUACAAGGAGUUCCUCCUGCCCUUCAGGGAGGAUCUAGUGACCUUUCCCGAGUACCGCUGGUCUAUCAGCAGUGCCAAGCGAGUCAUGCAGAAUUUCUUUAUAUAAGCACCUUCUCUACUAAAAGCACAUUGCCUACGAGCCACCUUUUCAGCUUUCCGUCUUCCGAAAUCUGCAGGGAUGGCUUGGGACACCCUUAGGGUAAUGCCAUGCCAUGCCAUGCCUUUAUUAUGGUAAUGCAGUACCUACUGGUCCGUGUGCAUAUAUUCAGUCUCACCAACAGCAGUUGCUCAUGCCGCUUUCACCUGUAGUGCUAACGGUAAAUAAAAUAUAAUUAGCUAAUUCGUUUGUUGCAAGUGAGUUAAAGCUGCUGUGCAAGAUUGAGAAAAACCCUGAACCCGUAAAGUUAGUUGGGUGUUGGCGAGUUUAGUGAGGUGAUUU